AUGUUACCUAAUCAACGACCCUCUCAGUCACCCCGUCAACAAGAUGAUAGAAUUUGUGACAAAUAUUUAAAACUCUGUGAAAAGUCGUCUUUACUUUUCAGUCAAUUAUAUGAAACAAGCUUUUUAGGAGAAGGAUGGAGACCAUUAUAUCAAAGAACAUUUACAACAUUUGCUAAAUUAUGGAAAUUACAACAAACGUGCCGUAGUAUUUUAGAAAAUGGUAAAGUACAUUUUAAGAGAUAUGAUGUAGGAGAAAUUGCUGCUAAGAUUGCUCAGUUAUACUAUCACUAUUAUCUUCGUACUUCAGAAACUCAAUUUCUAAAUGAAGCAUUAACAUAUUACCAAGAAAUUAAAAGACAUAAUUAUUAUAAAGAAGACUCAAGCAUUCAACGAUCUUUUGUUCUCCAAAGAACUUUAAGAUUCCAUGCACGUUUCUUAUUAGUUUGCUUAUUAACUGAUAAAUUAAAAAUGGGAGAAAAUGUAUUAAGUGAUUUCGCUUUAACAUCAGCCCAAUUAGCAACAGAGACAUUAAUUCAUCCAAAUCUUCAAAAUCAUCAAUUAUUAGCUGAAGAAAUGAAAUAUAUAGUAAUGAAUAUUGUUAACUUCUUAGUUCCUACAAGAGAAGGACGGGUUUCAUAUUCUGCUUUAUCACGUAUUAACCCACAAUUAGUUUUUAAUACAAAACCAAAAACAAAUAAUAGAAAUGGACUUAAAAUGUUUUCAGCUAUUUUAUUAGAUAAUAAACCUAAUAGUUACUCAUUUAGUGAAUUAUCUAUUUCUUUAUUAAGAAUGAUGUAUGCAUUAGAAUUUAAUUAUCAACUUAUGGCUCCAGAACAAUUAAAUGAAUGGAAAAAUCCAAGAAAACAUUUAUUAAGAAAUGUUAGUAUCCCAAAAACAUUAAAUUAUAUUGCAAGUACUUUUUGUGAUAUGCCAAAUAAUACUUUUAUGUUAUUGUAUUUAUCAUCUACUGUUCAUGAGGAUACUAUUCAAGGAUAUACAAGUACUAAUGGAUUAUUUAUGUCAAGUUAUGGUAACCAACAACAUAUUCUUCAUCCAGAAGAUCUUCUUCCAUUCCUUAGAAAACCAAUGUUAUUAAUUAUUGACUCAGAUAAACAAAAUUCUUUCAUUCAAUUAUCUCAAAAACAUUUUGAUGUUCCACACUUAAGUUUAUUUGGUCCAAUAGGUGCAUGGAAAUUAAAUACUUGUCCUCUUCCACAUGACUCAAUAUUUACUAAAACUCAAGGAAAAUAUCUUCAAGUAUUUAGUAAUAAAAAAGAUUCUAUAUUCAAUUUAUUCUUAAAUGACUCAUUAGGUGCAUUCUGUAGAAUGACUGAUGUUGAUCAAAUGACUCCAGACACAAAAGAGGAAUGUUCAAAUUUAUUGAAAGUGUUUUACGAAAAAUUGUCUAAUGAAUUCUUUACAUGUCCAAAAGUUCAUCAAACUAUUCAAUUAUUUAUGGCUGAUCCGUUUGCAAGAAUGCUUAUUUUAAGAUUUGUUUUCUGUAGGUUGGUAUUGUUAAGUUUGAAAUUACCUGGUGAUGCUGAUAAUUUUGAUGUUCUUCUUCCAACUAGUAACCCACAAAUCCCAAGUGAAAUUUAUGAAAGUGAUACAUGUAAAAACAUUGUGAAAGACCUUGCUAACGUUCUUUCAAAUUCAAACUGGUUUGAUUUUGAUGAAUGA